AAUGCUUGAGACAGUUGAAACCAGUAUGCUUAUACAACAUAGAGCAAAGGAAGUUGUACCCAAACGAAUAAUUCAAAUGGAGGAAGCAAUAAAAAAUCGUGAUUUUCCAUCUUUUGCUCGUCUAUCUUGUGCAGACAGUAAUCAAUUUCACGCAGUCUGCCUUGAUACAAGCCCCCCUAUAUUCUACAUGAAUGACACAUCUCAUAGGAUAAUCAGUUGUGUUGAGAAAUGGAAUCGUUUUGAAGGAACCCCUCAGGUGGCUUAUACAUUUGAUGCGGGGCCAAAUGCAGUUCUCAUUUCUCAUAAUAGAAAGACUGCUGCCCUCCUGCUCCAGAGACUGCUCUUUCAUUUUCCUCCUAACUCAGAUACUGACUUGAACAGGUACCUUUCUCAAUCUGGAAUUUCUCCAUCUGGAGUCUCUACGUUAAAAAUGUUUCCAACA